GAAACUUUAAAUACGAUGUGAUAAUUAUUGAGGACAGGUUAUGAAAAGAUUGACACCAACAUCCAUCCAUCCAUCAACAAAUUAAGUCGCUUGCAAUUUUUGAUUGAAUAUCACUGAAUAAUCCACUACUUAUUUGAUAGUAGCCUACUAGAUGAAAAAUAAUUAUUAAUCUUUUAAAUUUAUUCUUAUACCAGUAAUAUGAUCCUCGAGAAUGUCCGGAAAGAUAAGAAUGCCUGCUUCUAUACCUGUUCCUAUUGAAGUGAAUAAUCUGAGAGAAAUUGUAGCGAAAGCUAAAGAUUGGGCAGUAGUACAUGGAAUUUCAAUGAGGUCUAAAACAAAUUUUAGUGAAGACAUGGUUCAAAUAUCUCCCUUUAUUUUAUUUCCUACAGGGAUUCCACGAAAAGAGUUCAACAAAGUUGUGGAAUUACAGACUACCUUAAAUGAGUUACUACAUAACAUAGCCCAUAAUAAAGAAUUUUUAAAGAGCUGUUUCAAGAAUGUUAUUGAAGCUGAUCCGUUCACAGCAAAGCUGUAUGAAAUUUAUGAGACCAUUGAAAAGGAAGGAUGUAAUCAAAAAAUAAGUAUGUUACAUCUGCGCUCAGACUAUUUGAUGCAAAGUUCUUCAAACAAUGUUUUAAAGCAAGUUGAGUUUAAUACAAUUGCUGCAAGUUUUGGAAGUUUUUCUACUAUACUUACAGAGUAUAACAGGUACAUUCUACAAGAACUAGGAUAUCAUGAUAACAUUAAAAAUUUACCACAAAACAAUGGAUUGAGGAACUUAGCUCAAGGCUUCAUACAAGCAUGGCGAUUAUAUAACAAUGAAGAUGCAGCUAUAUUAUUUCUUACUUUAGAUGUUACUUAUAACAUAAGUGACCAACGUUGGAUAGAAUUUGAAAUAAAGCGGUUAAGUCCAAGAACAAAAGUUGUUAGGAAGACUUUUAAUGAUAUAUACAAACGUGGACAAUUAAACAAUAAGCAUGAAUUAGUGAUAGACAAUACUAUUAUUUCUGUGAUUUACUUUAGAGAAGGAUAUGUACCUGAUCACUAUCCCACUAAUUGUGAGUGGGAUGCUAGAUUGAUGAUGGAAAGGUCUACUGCAAUCAAAUGUCCAGAUAUUAAGUUCCACUUAGUUGGUCAAAAAAAAGUUCAACAAGAAUUAACAAAACCUGGUGUCUUGGAAUUGUUCUUAACUGAAACUGCAAAAAUAGAAGCAGUAAGAGAGGCUUUUGUGAAUAUACAUGGGCUUGAAUUUGAUGAAAAUGGAGAUAAAGCAGUACAAAUGGCUCUCAGCAAUCCUAAAAUGUAUGUAUUGAAGCCGCAAAGAGAAGGAGGUGGAAAUAAUUAUUAUGAUAACGAUGUUAAAGAAAUGAUGCUCAAAAUGAAAGAUUGUAAGGACAGAAGUGGAUAUAUAUUAAUGGAAAGAAUAUUUCCUCCUCUCUCCAUGGGGUACAUGAUUUCUGCUGGAGGACCAAAUCCGCCACCGUUAAUUGAUAUUGUUUCAGAACUUGGAAUUUACGGAAUUUUAAUAAGCGAGUCUGGAAAUAUCAUUAUGAAUAAACAGACAGGACAUUUAAUUAGAAGUAAAUCGCCCAAAUCCAACGAAGGAGGAAUUUUAGCAGGCUCUGGUGCUCUGGAUUGUCCCUACUUAUUAGAUUAAUUAUAAAUAUAGUUUUUAGUUGUCGGUCUAGCUGACAUAGAAUUUUAUUAUGUAGAUUUUUCAACUUUCUUGCUUCAAAUAUAUUUACACAUAUUUCUUUGUAA